UGACAACAACAUCCGCCACAAAAUGGCCCAAUUCGCAAAUUCGACGGACAAGGACAAGGGGGAGCCAAAUCCCGACCAGAGAGAGAGCGCUGCGUCCGGGCAAGCCACUCCCAAUGGCACCUUGAAGAGACGGUCCGAAGAUGGCGAGGGCAGCAGGAAGAGAAGGCGGAGGAGAGGAGUGAAGGGGCACCACAGGAGGAACAGCGUUAGCAAGCCCGCACGAGAUCCGCGCGAUGAUCCAUCUCCCCCAGGUCUUGCAGAGGAAGAAGUUUCUGAUACGAGGUCACCAAGUCCAGUCAUUGACUUUGAUGGACUGAGUCGUCCGAGCAGAGGAACCCGUGAACGGCUUGAAGAGACCCCGGAACAAGCUGCCGCCCGACUCGAGAAGAUGACGGGCGCAGUUCGUACAAUCCUCGAGUGUAUCGGCGAAGACCCAUCUCGCGAAGGUCUCCUGGGGACACCAGAGCGAUACGCCAAAGCUAUGCUCUUUUUUACAAAGGGAUAUCAGCAGAAUGUGCGGGAUAUCGUUAAUGAUGCUAUUUUCCACGAGGGUCAUAACGAAUUGGUCAUCGUGAAGGAUAUUGAGGUCUUUAGUCUAUGCGAGCAUCAUAUGGUGCCUUUUACUGGGAAGAUGCACAUCGGAUAUAUUCCGGAUAGGGAUGUUAUUGGGAUUUCGAAAUUGCCGCGUAUAGCCGAUAUGUUCUCCCGACGGUUACAAAUUCAAGAGCGUCUUACCAAAGAUGUCGCACACGCGAUCAUGGAUGUCUUAAAGCCACAAGGAGUCGCCGUAGUCAUGGAAUCAAGCCAUCUGUGUAUGGUUAUGCGAGGGGUCGAAAAGACAAGUGCCACAACAAUCACGAGUUGUGUAUUGGGAUGCAUAGAAAAACGGGAGAAGACCAGAAACGAGUUCUUCAGUCUCGUAGGAUUGAACCGACGGUGA